AAAAUAAGACUGUGCGGCUCAGUGACUCAGUCCAUUACAUCAGACUACACGCACAGGGGGAAGGGCAAGCAUUCAUACCAUUCUCCCUUCUGCUGUUUUUGCUGUCAAGUGUGUGAAAAGUUCAAUGAAAGAAAAUGUAAAUAAGGAACCGAAACAAAUUUAUUCCAUUCUGUGAAGAAGAAUUAUUAUUUAAAAACUUUCCUCUGCUGUCUAACUCCACUGACUGUUGAGUGUGUAGUAAGUUCCACAUGAAGAAAUACAAUUAAGAAACCAAAUCAAAUAUACACUCACAGAUGUUCAUUCCACUUGUUGAAGAAGAAUGGCUGAAUAUUUAUUUGUCUAACUUCACUGACUGUUGAGUGUGUAAUGAUUUCCAAAAAGAGAAAUACCAAAAAAAUUGAAACAUAACACUCAGAGACCAUUCUUUACAUUGAUGAACAACUGUCAGAAACGCUUGUCUGUCUGAUGCAAACUGAGUGAUAACUGUUAAAAAAUCCACAUGACUCUUGAACUUCUUGAAGACUAAAGUGGCAACUGUGUGGAAACUGGCAUUGCGUCUUUGUGUAUCUUAUGACAACUUGAUACCCGAGGGAGCAUGAUUCACGUGCUGUUUAAUUUCCUGUUGAAUAAGUUAAUAGACGGAAUUAUCUGUAGUAUUGGAAGUGUUUUGUUUGAGCUGUGUGACUUUCAGAUCUUGUUUUAGGGAGGAAAAUUAGUUGUGUUACCAGAUAUUAAUAGCUUGAAAGGUUCAUAGCAUUGGAAACAUUGCAUUUAAGCUGGAUGACUCUUGUAUUUCUUGUUUUUGUUAUUAGUUAAGACUUCAGAACAUAGAAAGUUGUAUUACGAGGAUGGAAUGAUGCACUAAAAUAGAAACGGAUCAACAGAACCACACAAACACACAUAUUCUCCUUUUCCCCCUCCCCCCUUCUCCUCCUCCCCCCACACACACACACCUUGCUUCUUUCUUCUUUUCUUCUCCCUUCACAGACACAUAAGCUCCCUCUCCACUUUACCUCCUCCUCCACCCCCUUCCAUUUUACCUCCUCCUCUUUACCUAUUCCUCCACAGUCACUCACCAAACACCCCCUUCCCCUCUUCCCCCUCCCCACUGCUCCUAAAUGGCCACACCCCAAGACUCUGCCCCGUUAUGGUGGCCGGCAGCAGGCACUGUGGCCCUAGCUGGCUCCUCAGUGGUGGCCGGUCUACUGCUGGGCCAGAGGCUAGUGGGGCCAGUGAGGAGACUGGCGACACUGGCCACGCUGGGCCCCACCAAGAUGGCCAUUGUGGUGCAGGCGGAUCUAAAGAUGGGCCGAGGCAAGGUGGCAGCCCAGUGCUGUCAUGGGGCGCUGGCAGCUUACCGGCAGGCCCAGCGACGCAGCCCACAGCUCCUGCAGGCAUGGGAGGACAGCGGCCAGCCCAAGGUGGUGCUGAAGGCCAGUGAUGCCGAGGAGAUGCAGCGCUUGGCCACGGAGGCAGAGAGUCAAGGUGUGCUGGUAGUGUCAAUCAGGGACGCCGGACGUACGCAGGUGCCCAGUGGCUCUCUGACAGUGGUUGCGAUUGGCCCGGGGAGGUCACCCGAUGUGGACAAGAUCACGGGUCAUCUCAAGUUGCUGUAGAGGUCGUUAGCAGGUCAUCUCAAACUACUGUGGUGGUUGAAGUCAUCUCAGGCUGUCCCAACUAAGGGGCAUCAUAAAGAGGUUUUGGUAGAGGUCAUUCAUGUAUACAAGUCAACAAAAAAAUAGGAAUGCUGUACAAGUGCUGCUCCUGGAAAGAGGAUUAAAGAUACAAAAGAAGACAGAAAAUCUAGUCAAGACGCAUGAGGAUGUAAGCAAGGGUGUGGAGUUGGAGGCACUGGAGUCCCCUAUUUUUGGGCAGUGUCAGUCAGUAAAAAUGUCUGUCUGACUCCUUUUCAAUAUGUGAUGUGGUGCGGCUGGGUGUGGUGUGGUGUGUGGUGUGGCGGGGUUUGAUUUGCCUACCACUGUACUGCAGAUGAGGGGAAAGGGGAGGGGAUUGGAGUCGGAGUCAGAGCCACAACCUUAAAAUUUUCUGGAGUUGGAGUCGGGAAUUGAAAUUUGAAUGUGAGGGCACCACAAGAGGUCAGUCAGUCAUUCGGUCCAUAUGUGGCAGCUCAGGAGAAACAGAAAUUUACCAGCUCUUUUCCCCGUCCAUGAAUCUAUCUUAACCCCCAUUCGGGACUUGUAUAUGCAUUAACUACACAUCUACCUCAUUUUUCCAUUGUACGAGCAAGUAAUAUAUAUACAGUGGUACCUCGUGAUUCGAACGCCUUUCAAUUCGAACAAUACCCAAUUCGAACACAUUUCUCAAACAAAUUUAAUCUUCCAAUUCAAAUGUGCGUCGCAAUUCGAACACAAACAAGCGGCUGCAGACAAAGCCACCAGUGUAGCCAGGUCAGUGAAUGUAAUACCGCAGACUCCAGCCUCAAAAAACGCCAACCUGCGACUGCCAUUUUUUCCCGCACACUCCCUUGAAAAAUAGCCCAAUUGCGCAGGAAAAACGUGCACCUGGCAACGCUGGAAACCACUCUUGUCAGUCACGCUUGCUUUGAACGCCACUCAUUGUUGUUCUUGAUAUUUUUUGCAUACUUUCUUGAAAUUAACUCUCAUUAUGGCUCCCAAGAAGGUGAAAAGUGACAGUGCAAGUGGUGGUAGGAAGCUUAAGAGUUGUAGUUUGGAAAUGAAGAAGGAAAUAAUACAAAACCAGAGAAACUACCAGCAUACCUUUCAUCAUCACUGUCAUCAUCAGCACUCUCCAUAUCCGUCUGUUUUUCCUUCCUUCGUGAUCCAAUUCCUUUUCUCUUCGGUGUAUUCCACCCCAAAUCAUCUUCCCUCCCACUCAUCUUACAACCAGGUCAAUAAUAGAAGACGAGAACCACAGUGAACAUCACCCAGGCCCUUUGUAACCACUACUCUAGGCCCCGUUGGAAACAGCGCUGAUCAGUGUGGAGCUCGCCAACCAUACGUCCUUUCUCCACUGUGCCCCACAAAAUGCAUUUACAUGUGUUGGCAAUAUUUAGUUGACAAUAUAUAUCUGGUUGACAAUAUUUGAGUGAUCUGGCCACAGGGCACAACUUAAACCCAUAAAAAUGUUUAAAAAAAUGAGGAUUUUGGGGCCUGGAAUGGAUUAUUUUUUUCUACAUUAAUUUCAAUGGGAUAAAUUGCUUCCUAAUUCGAACAUUCUCAAUUUGAACAGCCCAAAUGAACCAAUUAAUUUUGAAUCACAAGGUACCACUAUAUAUAUAUAUAUAUAUAUAUAUAUAUAUAUAUAUAUAUAUAUAUAUA